AGCAGUCCAGUUAGUUCCUCUCCUCACUCUGAUCCGCUGCAGUGAGCAGACUUGUGGAAACCAACUGUCAUGAAAGAGAAAGUGCUCCAUGCUCAGAAUGGCUGCCACCCAUGUUCUCCACGGGGGAAGCAGGUCAUCCAGUGCUUCCGGUGUGGGGAGCCGUGCAAGGGAGAGGUGCUGCGAGUCCAGACCAGCUACUUCCACAUUAAGUGCUUUACCUGCAAAGUGUGUGGCUGUGACCUGGCUCAUAGUGGCUUCUUCGUGAAGAACAGUGACUACCUCUGCCCGCUGGACUUCCAGAGGCUUCACGGCACGCUCUGCAACAACUGUGGGGAAUUUGUGGAGGGACAGGUGGUCACAGUUUUGGGGAAGACUUACCACCCAGUCUGCUUUGUGUGCACCUUUUGCAAACAGCCCUUUCCUGCUGGGGAUUGUGUCACCUUCAGCGGAAAGAACUGCCUCUGUCAGCGCUGUAUCCAACCCAUGUCUCCUACUCCUAACGGCAUCAGCUGUUCCAGUAACUGCUCUGGUUGUGGUAGAGACAUCAAGAACGGCCAGGCUUUGUUAGCACUGGGCAGCCAGUGGCACCUUGGCUGCUUCAAGUGUAAAACCUGCAGGAAAGUGCUGAGCGGAGAAUAUAUCAGCAAGGAUGGGGUUCCCUAUUGUGAGAGAGACUACCAGAUUCAGUUUGGCGUACAAUGUGAAGCAUGUCAGAAGUUUAUAACUGGAAAGGUCCUAGAGGCAGGGGAGAAACAUUAUCACCCCAGCUGCGCGAGAUGCAGCCGAUGUGACAAAAUGUUCACAGAAGGUGAAGAAAUGUAUCUGCAAGGAUCAACAAUUUGGCACCCAGACUGCAGAGACAGCAGCAGAACUGAGGACAGUUACAUGCCCACUAGAUCCUCAUCCGAAAGCUCCUGUUCCAGGCCGGGCUCAUGCACUCCGGGGAGUCCUGGUCGAACAAUCUGUGCAAAACUAGAUAAUGAGAUCAUUGAUUACCAAGACUUAGCAGCCAUUCCCAGAGUCAAGGCUAUAUAUGAUAUAGAGCAUCCUGAAAUGAUAUCUUAUAAGUCUGUGAACCACAACUCAUCUACUUUGGACAACAAAGGCAACAGACAGGAAAAGCAAAGACCUUCAGAGUCACCAGGAAACAUAAAUGAAACCCCAGAGGAGAGUUUUGAAGUCAGAAAGUGCAUACCAACAUCUACAAGCCACAGAUCUUUCGGAGUUCAUGCGACAUACAAUCGUCACAGCUACACUCCAACUCUGUCCAGAUCACCACAACACUUCCACCGGCCAGGAUUGAUGCUUUCUCCCUCUUUGUUCUCUGGCAACAAUGACACAUGCCCCACUUCCCCUUUAUGUCACCACUUUCUCCCUCCCACCAAAGAUGAAGGCUUCAACAUGUACAGGAGGCCUCCAAUUUAUAAACAGCAAGAUCCAAAUUCCUUCACAUCCCAAACGUCCUCUCUGCCUGGAUAUGGUCGCAGUGGCCUCAAUCCGCCACGUUCAGCUGAUUUCUCCCAUUACAGCAGUGACAGAUUCAGAGACUUUAAGCUCAUCCAUGACGGUCAACAUCCAUUAGCACCAAUGGAAAGAGGAGUGUCUAUGCCUAAUUUGUUGGAACCAAAAGUCUACCCAUACGAACUGCUCGCAGUUAGUAGUAGAGGGCGAGUGAAGCUUCCCAAGGAUGUUGACAGAACAAGACUGGAGCGACACCUAUCUCCAGACUCAUUCUAUGAGAUCUUUGGCAUGGAUAGUCAAGAAUUCAACAUACUUCCACUGUGGAAACGUAAUGACAUGAAAAAGAGGGCAAAUCUCUUCUAAAUGCUGCCUAAUCCACUCAUUGUUGAUAUGCAAUGCAUGUCAAGUUCUGAUGACCCCUUAUGUUUAUUUCUUUGCAUUUGACACAAAAAUUUGAUUUAUUUAUUUUUUGCCCAAUAAUUGGACACAAUAUUGUGUUUCCCAGUUAGUUUCUGUAGGCUAAUGUUUAAAUGUGUAAUACCUCAAAACAGAUAUGAACAUGAGUCUCAUAGUCUUGGCUUUGCAAGAAAGAAACAUUAAAGGUGCUGUAGGUAGGAUUGUGAAGAUCCAGGACUUAGCCAAAGAAUUUGAACAUCGACAACUUCUCAGUCCCUCUCCCCCUUUCUGCAAAAGCCCAGUCUCCUAAGCCCCUCCCCCCACAAGGGAGAAUGAAUGUGUGU